CCCCUCCCACGAACUCCGGCUCGCGUCAUGGCCGCCGCCGCCGCUCUGGAGGCGGCGGCGCCUCCGAGCGCCCUGUGGGGCCUCGUGCACGACUUCGUCACGGGUCAGCAGGAGGGUCCCGCUGACCAGGUGGCUGCAGAUGUGAAAUCCGGCAGCUAUACAGUGUUACAAGUGGUGGAAGCCCUUGGGUCCUCUCUAGAGAAUCCAGAACACCGAGCUCGUGCCCGAGGGAUCCAGCUUCUGUCACAGGUGCUGCUCCAGUGUCACCCCCUGCUCCUGGAGAAGGAAGUGGUGCAGCUGAUCCUGUUCUACGAGAACCGGCUGAAGGACCAUCACCUUGUGAUCCCAGCAGUCCUACAGGGCUUGAAGGCACUUAGCCUGUGUGUGGCCCUGCCCCCGGGGCUGGCUGUCUCGGUGCUGAAAGCCAUCUUCCAGGAGGUACACGUGCAGUCCCUGCCACAGAUGGAUCGACACACAGUCUACAGUAUCAUCACGAAUUUCAUGCGAACCCGGGAAGAAGAGCUAAAGGGCCUAGGAGCUGACUUCACCUUUGGUUUCAUCCAAGUGAUGGAUGGAGAAAAGGAUCCCCGUAACCUUCUGGUGGCCUUCCGUAUCGUCCAUGACCUCAUCUCCAGGGACUAUAGCCUGGGACCUUUUGUGGAAGAGUUGUUUGAAGUGACGUCCUGCUAUUUCCCUAUUGAUUUUACCCCUCCACCUAAUGAUCCCCACGGUAUCCAGAGAGAGGAUCUCAUCCUGAGUCUCCGCGCUGUGCUGGCUUCUACACCGCAAUUUGCUGAGUUCCUGCUGCCCCUGCUGAUUGAGAAGGUGGACUCCGAGCUUCUGAGUGCCAAGCUGGAUUCUCUGCAGACCCUGGAUGCUUGCUGCGCUGUGUACGGGCAGAAGGAACUAAAGGCCUUCCUCCCCAGCCUCUGGGCUUCUGUCCGCAGAGAGGUGUUCCAGACGGCAAGUGAGCGGGUGGAGGCAGAGGGGCUGGCGGCCCUCCACUCCCUGACUGCGUGUCUGUCUCGCUCUGUGCUGAGGGCUGAUGCCGAGGACCUUCUUGACUCCUUCCUUAGCAGCAUCCUACAGGACUGCAGGCACCACCUGUGUGAGCCGGACAUGAAGCUGGUGUGGCCUAGUGCCAAACUGUUGCAGGCGGCUGCAGGCGCGUCUGCCCGGGCCUGCGACCACGUCACCAGCAACGUCCUGCCGCUGCUGCUGGAGCAGUUCCACAAGCACAGCCAGAGCAACCAGCGGCGGACCAUCCUUGACAUGAUCCUGGGUUUCCUGAAGCUGCAGCAGAAAUGGGGCCAUGAAGACAAAGAUCAGAGGCCUCUGGGUAGUUUCAAGGACCAGCUGUGCUCACUGGUAUUCAUGGCCCUGACAGACCCCAGCACCCAGCUUCAGCUCGCUGGCAUCCGCACACUCACAGUCUUGGGUGCCCAGCCAGAUCUCCUGUCUUCUGGGGACUUGGAGCUGGCUGUGGGUCACCUCUACAGACUGAGUUUCCUGGAGGAGGAUUCCCAGAGUUGCAGGGUGGCCGCGCUGGAGGCAUCGGGAGCCCUGGCCACUCUCUAUCCCGUGGCCUUCAGCAAUCAUCUGGUGCCCAGGCUUGCUGAAGAGCUUCACGCAGGAGGCUCAGACUUGACUGGAAGGAACGGGCCUGCCAAGGCCUCCCGGCAUCUGCGCUGCCUGCAGGCCUUGUCGGCUGUGUCGACACACCCCAGCCUCGUCAAGGAGACACUGCCUCUGCUGUUGCAACAUCUCUGGGAGGUGCACAAAGGGAACAUGGUUGAAGGAUCCAGUGAGGUCAUUGCUGUCUGUCAGAGCCUCCAACAGGUGGCAGAAAAAUGUCAGCAGCACCCUGAGAGCUGCAGGUAUUUCCACCAGACGGCUAUACCUUGCCUGCUUGCCCUGGCCGUGCAGGCGUCCAUGCCAGAGAAGGAGCCCUCAGUUCUGAGAAAAGUGCUGUUGGAGGAUGAGGUCUUGGCCGCCAUGGUGUCUGUCUUUGGCACUGCCACCACCCACCUGAGCCCUGAGGUGGCUGCCCAGAGCGUCGCACACAUCGUGCCCCUCUUCUUGGACGGCAACGUCUCUUUUCUGCCUGAAAACAGCUUCCCGAGCAGGUUCCAGCCCUUCCAGGACGGCUCCUCAGGGCAGAGGCGGCUGGUUGCGCUGCUGAUGGCCUUCGUGUGCUCCCUGCCUCGAGAUGUGGAAAUCCCCCAGCUGGACCAGCUCAUGCGGGAACUUCUGGAGCUGAGCCGUUGCCACGGCUGCCCCUUCUCCUCCACCGCCGCGGCCAAGUGCUUCGCAGGCCUUCUCAACAAGCACCCUGCAGGGCAGCAGUUGGACGAAUUCCUGCAGCUGGCUGUGGACACGGUGGAGGCUGGCCUGGACUCUGGGCCCUGUCGCAGUCAGGCCUUCACGCUGCUUCUCUGGGUAACGAAGGCCCUGGUGCUCAGAUACCACCCUCUCAGCUCCCGCCUCACAGCUCAGCUCAUGGGCCUCCUGAGUGACCCAGAACUAGGCCAGGCAGCCGCCGACGGCUUCUCCCUGCUCAUGUCUGACUGCACCGACGUGCUGACUCGCGCUGGCCACGCCGAGGUGCGGAUCAUGUUCCGCCAGCGCUUCUUCACAGACAACGUGCCUGCUUUGGUCCAGGGCUUCCAUGCGGCCCCCCAAGACGUGAAGCCUAACUACCUGAAGGCUCUGUCUCACGUACUCAACAGGCUGCCCAAGCCUGUGCUCCUGCCAGAGCUGCCCACGCUGCUGUCCCUGCUGCUGGAAGCCCUGUCCUGCCCUGACGGCGUGGUGCAGCUCUCCACCCUCGGCUGCCUUCAGCCUCUCCUGCUGGAAGCACCCCAAGUCAUGAGCCUGCACGUCGACACCCUCGUCACCAAGUUCCUGGCCCUCGCCUCCAGCCCUUCCAUGGCCGUCCGGAUUGCUGCCCUGCAGUGUAUGCACGCCCUCACGCGCCUGCCCACCCCUGUGCUGUUGCCGCACAGACCGCAGGUGAUCCGGGCCCUGGCCAAACCCCUGGACGACAGGAAGAGACUGGUGCGCAAGGAAGCCGUGUCAGCUCGGGGAGAGUGGUUUCUGCUGGGAAGCCCUGGCAGCUGAGCCCUCAGCCCUGGCCUCCCUGUUCCAACUGACAAUCUAACCUGGAACUCCUAUGGAACCAUCUUGCCCAAGGCAGGGAAACUGCUGGCCUCUGCCCGCCCUUCCUAUGGGCACAGCACGCUAGCCUCUGCUGCGGGGCUGCGUGGGGAACAGAAGAGUCCUGGCUCCCGCUGGCUUUGAGAAGUGACUCAGUGUGAGACCACUUGUGUCUGAAGAGAGCCCUAGGGCUGUGGGUGUGUCAGAAAAGGGGACAGGCGCUGCCGAGGGUGAGUGAGAUGCGUGUGGCCCUGCGGACCAGGGACCAUGGCUAUGUGUGUACCUGCUGAAGAAUAAAGGCUUCUUUUGGUAACGGA